AUGGGGCUCUCUUCCAACCCGUCGUCUGCCUUUACAGGCGUCGUCAUCGGCCUCGUGUCAUCCUUCGGCUCCAUCGUCCUCAUCGCCCUAGUCAUCUUUAUCUUCUGGGUUUCUGGCUGUGCGAGUACUGGUCGCAUCAUCCUCGAUCGUCUCGGUCGACCUGGCGAAUACGAUGAUGAACAAGCGUUCGCACGCGAUGAGGCUGAGGCCCUCGAGAUCAUGGAUGAUAUGUCUCGCCAGGAAUAUCUACGUGCAAAAGCCUGGGUUACUGCCAACCCACCCGAAUCAAUGCAGACUGAUAUCUCUCUGUCUCAAUACCUCGCCAUACAGGAAAAGGGUGUCUCCGCAUGGGAAUUUGAACCUGAACUGGAGAUCGCCAACUGCUUUGUCGAAGCUCGUACUGAAAUUGAAUUCUUUGACUCGGAAUGCACCGUCAUGAGCAAUCUUCCUGUUCCCAAACAAAACGAUGUCUACUACUGGGAAGCCAAGAUAUACGAAAAGCCCGAAAACACUCUGCUUAGUAUCGGCAUGGCUACCAAACCUUAUCCUCUUUUCCGACUGCCGGGAUAUCACAAGUACUCUGUCGGAUAUCAAUCUACCGGUGCCCGUCGCUACAAUCAACCAUUCGGCGCGACUCCCUAUGGUCCUCCACUGGUGCAGGGUGAUGUCGUUGGUGUGGGUUAUCGUCCUCGAACCGGUGCUAUCUUCUUCACUCGCAAUGGUAAGAAGCUCGAGGAGGUUGUUCACGGACUCAAGGCGCAAAACUUCUUCCCUGCCAUCGGUGCAAAUGGUCCUGCUACUAUUCACGUCAACCUUGGUCAGGCCGGCUUCGUCUUCAUUGAGGCCAACGUCAAGAAAUGGGGUCUGGCUCCUGUGACUGGAAGCCUGGCUCCUCCGCCACCUUAUGGAUCCGAGCAGGGUAGCAUACUGUUAGAAGCUGGCACCAAAGACGGCAAUACUUAUCCUCAAGGCAGGCAACACAGCCACUCCAUCACUGCAAGCUCUUACAACACACGCAACCCAUCUAACGAUCUCAACCCUUCGCAUGGACGAACACGUAGUGGUAACUUUCGCGUUCUUCCUCCAACAAGUCCCGGACCAGUCAGAAGCUCGACCGAUAUUUCUUUGGCUCAUUUCGUACCCAACGAGGAGAACGGCGAAGCUAGCAGCAAUGCCGCACCUCAGCAGGAGACGCACGACCACAACCCUCUGCAUCUGCAUCUCGAGGAUGCGACAAACCCACCUCCUGAAUACCAAAGUCCCGAUCAUUCAGGUAGCGAAGAUGGCCGAUAUGGAAGUGACAGCGAGGAAGAUACGCCUCUUAUUCGCGUAAUGAACCGCAGCCGAGGUAACUCUUCUGCUACGGUGCUUCCCUCACGGCAAACUUCAAGUCCUCGCCAACCACCAGUACCCAGCUACAGCGACGCUAUGCGGGAAGGAGCUGGUCGUGACCGUAGUGAUAGUGCUCGAUUACCGCCACCGAACCGAACGCCGUCCAAUAGACCUCGCAGCAGCACUUCUGCUUGA